AUGGCUCAUAAAGGAAGUAUAGUUGGCCAAUUCCGUUUCGCCUUACUUUUCGUGUUAAUACUGACUGAGAGUGUUACCUCAAUUUCCGGUUUGAGGGAACUGCGACUUCUGGGACAGCUACCAAUGACCGGAACUGCUUGGACAGGCGGAAUGGCGUGCCUACCUCCCCUGAAAAUGGCUAUAGAGGACGUCAACGCCCGUCCAGGGAUACUUGAUGGCUAUAAACUGACGUACGAAUAUAUCGACUCAAUGUGUAGCAAAGGCCCAGCUAGCUAUCGGACAUUUCGGACAAUACAUGAGAAGCCCCCAUAUGUCAUGCUCCUGGGAGACGCCUGUUCAACGUCAUCCGAGUCCACCGCCGAGGUGUCCCACUUUUACAACCUUACCCAGUUGUCCUAUGGAUCUACAUCACCAGUGUUGUCGGACAGGGAGAGGUUUCCUAAAUUUUUCCGCCUGUCCCCGCCAGAUACAACGAUAAACCCGACCAGGAUUGACCUCAUGAGGACGUUCAACUGGAACAAAAUUGCCACCAUACAUGAGGCGUUGGAGUUUUUCUCAGUUUCAAUGGACACAUUUAUCAGGGACGUCAAAAACCUGACCGAGAUUGAAAUAAUUUCUCAGGAAGUAUUUGUACAUGAUCCCUAUAACAGAGUGAAGAAUAUGAAGGACAGAGAUGUAAGAAUCAUCGUUGCGCUGAUGUACGAAGACAAGGCGAGGAAAAUGCUGUGUGCUGCGUACAAAGUAGGACUGUACGGAGCUAAAAUAGUGUGGAUCAUGCCAGGUUGGUUUACCAACGAGUUCUGGAAGGACGACAUCGGGAGUUUAUCCUGUACGCUGGAGCAGAUAACUGAGGUAGUAGAGGGAGCUAUUUUCGCCGGUCCCAUAUGGGAUAACCCCAUAGAGGAGAGAGGAAUAGCCAAUAUGACUAGGCACAACAAGACAUUGGAUGAGUUCACGUAUGAGGACGCAGACAUUGGCGAGGAGAUAUUCAAGUGUUUGUCUCGAGUAACACUUGUUGGGGUGUCUAGUAGAAUAUCUUUCGGUAACGGAGCAGACUCGAACAAAAUAAUCAAAGUUCAACGCGUGCAAGGUGGAAAGAGAAAGCUCAUAGCCUAUUACCACCAAGACAAAAGUCCGUCCUACUUCGAAUGGGUCCAAGGAGCUCUUGUUUGGAAAGAUAAUAAGAUACCCCGAGAUUCAACGUAUAUCAGCGUAGAAGAAGUGACCGUACCUCUGACCUUGUACACCAGCAUGUGUGUUCUGGCGGGCACCGGCUUAUGUGCAACUGUAUCGCUUUUCGCCUUCAAUAUCGUAUAUCGAACCAACAGGUUUGUAAAGCUUUCAUCUCCUAACAUCAACAACGUAUUGCUUCUUGGUUGCUUUCUCUGCUAUGCAACUGUCUUUAUCAGGACGACAGGAGCAGAUAGCAGAUUUGUAUGUGAGGCCCGUUCUUGGUGCUUUUGUCUGGGCUUCACCAUUACAUUUGGGUCUCUGUUUUCAAAAACAUGGCGAGUGUACAGGAUCUUCACAAACAAGAAACUACUUCGACGGACAAUAAAGGAUUACCAGCUUCUUGCCAUCAACGGAAUUUUGGUUGCCUCAGUGAUGGUGGUCCUGGGCACCUCGGCAUUAAUCUCCCCUAGUCAAGUUGUGACAAAAUACCUGACAAAGGAGGUGAACCUGAUCGGAUAUGAUGAAGAGGUCCAUCCCUACGUCCGUGUAUGUUAUUCAAAGUACGCCUCCUAUUUCAACUGGGUCAUCUACAUUCUAGAAGGAGCCCUUCUAUCGUUUGGAGCAUUUCUCGCCUGGGAAACACGCCGAGUGAAGAUCGAGGCUCUGAACGACUCACACCAGAUUGGCUUCUGUCUGUACAACGUAGUCGUCCUCAGCGCUGUUGGACUCUUACUGUCACUUGUUCUAGGCGACCAUGAGGUGUUGCUCUACGGAAUUACUUCUGCUUGUCUCAUUAUUGGCACGUUUGCGACACAGAUGGUCGUCUUUAUUCCAAAGAAUGAUGUGGCCUCCCCUUGUCGUGGGGAAGCGCUGCAGGCGAGCAAAGAAUAA